AUGCCUCGGGUAAAAAUAGCAGAUAAACCUUUCGAAUUGCAUUAUAGGCUAUCAUCACCGUCACUUCGAGAUGAAGCAAAUGAGAUUGAUCAGGAUAAAGAAACGAUAUUGUUCUUUCAUCCGUAUUGGACAGAUUCCUUCUACUUUUAUCCACAAUUUGAAGAUCCUGCAUUAUACGAGAAAUACAAUUUGAUUGCUUUCGAUGCUCCUGCACAUGGUUCUACGAAAGUACUUGGAAUUUCAUCUGAUCCAGUGACUUGGGCUUUCUUCGCGAGUAUGGUCAAGGAGGCUUUGAUCAAUUUGAAUGUAUCUUCGGUCCAUGUAAUAGGUUCAACUAUGGGAUGUUGUCCUGCCGUGCAUUUCGCACUAAAUUAUCCUGAAAUGACGGAUUGUGCAAUAAUGGUAGCUCCUCCUGCACUCCAAGAAGCCCCUAAUUGGAGUUUAACGUUUAGAGAAUGCAUGCAUAUCCUUAUUAACGCAGUUCGAAUACGCGAUCCGGAACCAUUAGAUGCUAUCACAUCUGUCAUCUUCGAUUAUAACGCUACAUCACAUUGUGGUCAAGCGAUCAAAGAUUUAGAAGAGGAGUAUAUGCAAUUGAUAAGAUCAAAUUUAGCUAAUGGUGAAUUGAACAGUGAUAAAACAGUUCCCAUCUUAAUAUCGCUUGCUUUGUCUCGUAAACAGCUUUUAACAGUUGAAGAAGCUGUAGAUCUAAAGCCACCAGUGUUGAUCAUACAAGGAACUGAUGAAGGAUGGGAAGAAGCAGAUGAUCAAUGGACAAAAUUGUUAUCCGAAGUGAACGACGCGUAUCGAGAAAAACACGAUAAAGAAAGUGAAAUUAAAAAUGUCAUUUUGACAGGAAUGCCAAGGUGGAUGAGUUUAACUUGUCCUGAUGUUCUCAAUCCAUUGAUAACUCAAUUCAUUUCCUCGAAAGCAAUACAUCAUAUACCCCCAAUACCUUCAUUACCUACAAGUGGAAGGCGACCAUCAAAAUCGAGAGGAUCAUCUAUCGGUCCUCAAUCGGAAGACAAGCAAUUCAUCGAUCAAAUAAGAAAAGAAUCAACGGACGUUCUUGCUUCACAACAUGGCAGAGAAGAAAUACGCCAUUCAGGCGAUCACGGUGUACAAAUACAAGUUGAGGUGGUGAUGAAAGUAGAGUAA